UUCCUUCCUUCCUUGCUUCUUCGUGGUGUUACCUUUCCGCCCACUCGCUGGUCUCUUGAAUUCUUGACUUCAGGACUCGCCGCUGCUGCUGCUCCGGUCCUCGUGUUUGGGUUUCAGGGGGCAGCUGGGCGGUCAAGAAGUGUGCUUGCGGCUUGCGCGGCGUAUGGUGUUGGGGGAGGUGGAGAUGGAGAGGUACGAGGUGAUCAAGGACAUAGGUUCGGGCAACUUCGGCGUGGCCAAGCUGGUCCGGGAUGUGAGGACCAAGGAGCUCUUCGCCGUCAAGUUCAUCGAGAGGGGGCAGAAGAUUGAUGAGAAUGUCCAAAGGGAGAUUAUGAACCACAGGUCGCUGAGGCAUCCGAACAUUGUUAGAUUCAAGGAGGUUGUGCUAACUCCAACGCAUUUGGCCAUAGUUAUGGAAUAUGCUGCUGGCGGUGAGCUAUUCGCAAGGAUUUGCAGUGCUGGGAGAUUUAGUGAGGAUGAGGCAAGAUUCUUCUUCCAACAAUUGAUUUCAGGAGUUAGCUAUUGCCAUUCCAUGCAAAUAUGUCAUAGAGAUUUGAAACUAGAAAAUACUCUCUUGGAUGGGAGCAUAGCGCCUCGGCUCAAGAUAUGUGAUUUUGGUUACUCCAAGUCCUCUGUAUUGCACUCUCAACCAAAAUCUACUGUCGGUACUCCAGCUUAUAUUGCUCCCGAGGUCCUUGCUCGGAAAGAAUAUGAUGGAAAGGUUGCCGAUGUUUGGUCAUGUGGAGUAACUCUAUACGUGAUGCUUGUUGGUGCAUACCCUUUCGAGGACCCUGACGAACCAAGGAACUUCCGCAAAACAAUUACUCGGAUACUAAGCGUACAAUACAUGGUUCCCGAUUAUGUUCGAGUGUCGAUGGAAUGCAGACAUCUGCUGUCCCGGAUUUUCGUGGCAAACCCCGAGCAGCGAAUCACCAUCCCUGAGAUCAAGAACCACCCAUGGUUCCUCAAGAACCUGCCCAUCGAGAUGACUGACGAGUACCAGAUGAGCCUGCAGAUGAACGACAUCAACACCCCAUCACAGAGCCUGGAGGAGAUCAUGGCCAUCAUACAGGAGGCGCGGAAGCCCGGCGACGGCGACGGCUCCAAGUUCUCCGGGCAGGUCCCCGGCCUGGGGAGCAUGGAGCUCGACGACAUCGACACCGACGACAUCGACGUCGAGGACAGCGGCGACUUCGUGUGUGCGUUAGAGCUACUUGCCGUUUGUUGUAUCACAGUGUUUGUAACCGAGCCCUCGCGCCGCCGCCGCCGCCGCCGCCGCCGCUCCGCUCCCCAGCGCACUAGCCGCUCGCCGCCCGCGAGCUCGCGCCGCAUCGCAGCCAUGAAGUUCAACAUCGCGAACCCGACCACCGGGUGCCAGAAGAAGGUCGAGAUCGAUGACGACCAGAAGCUGCGCGCUUUUUUUGACAAAAGGAUCUCUCAGGAGGUCAGUGGUGAUGCUCUGGGCGAGGAAUUCAAGGGCUAUAUCUUCAAGAUCAUGGGAGGUUGUGAUAAGCAGGGUUUCCCAAUGAAGCAAGGAGUGCUCACUGCUGGACGUGUCCGCCUUCUUCUUCACAGGGGCACACCUUGCUUCCGUGGGUACGGCAGGCGUGAUGGUGAGCGCCGGAGGAAGUCUGUCCGUGGAUGCAUCGUCAGCCAGGACCUAUCUGUUAUUAACUUGGUGAUUGUCAAGAAGGGUGAGAAUGAUUUGCCUGGUCUGACUGAUACUGAGAAGCCCAGGAUGAGGGGACCCAAGAGGGCCUCAAAGAUCAGGAAGCUCUUCAACCUUUCCAAGGAUGAUGAUGUCCGCAAGUAUGUCAACACCUACCGCAGGACAUUCACUACCAAGAAUGGCAAGAAGGUUAGCAAGGCUCCCAAGAUCCAGCGUCUUGUGACCCCUCUGACCCUCCAGAGGAAGCGUGCCAGAAUUGCUGACAAGAAGAAGAGGAUCGCCAAGAAGAAGUCUGAGGCCGCAGAGUACCAGAAGCUUCUUGCCCAGAGGCUCAAGGAGCAGAGGGAACGCCGGAGCGAGAGCUUGGCAAAGAGGAGGUCCAAGCUUUCUUCUGCUGCCAAGGCUGCUGCCACCACCACCUAAAUUUAGAGCUUGAGAUGGUUUAAAAUCGUUCGUUCCUGAGUUAUAGCCCAAGAACCUGUUGCACUAUGUUGGAUCAACCCACCCUUGCUACUUUCAGAUUUCUCGAGUAAUUGGUGCAAUUUUGCAUGAACAUGCUGCCUUGUUUUGAAUUCUUUUUUGAGUACCGGAGGAUUACUAUGUUAGUAUGUUGGAUUAUGCUUUGAAAGUA